AGAGGAAAUGGGAUAAGAAAAAUAAAGGAAAAAUAAAAAAUAAACAAGAGGGAAAAUGGAAGUAGCGGGAAAUCGCAAUAGAACAGAUUUUUUUCGCCGCCGGUUUUGUUAGGCUACCGUUUUAAACCAUCGGCUUCGCGGCAAUUUUAUUGGGCCGCAUUAGUUUUUAAACAAUUUAAGACCUAAUAUGGGCCUUCUAAAGGCCCAUCUUAAAACAAACGAUGUAACCAAAGUCCUUUCUGUUUCUGACAUAUAAACAAAGUCCA